UGAGACGUUUCUGAUCAGCUGAUUAUUUCUUCUUUACUUAUUCUGACGUUACUCCGAGGGGUGCGACGUCCGACAAUAUCGUUGAUUCGAUCCAACAUCAAACGAAUCGGACUAACAAAGUUGUUUGUCGGACGAGUUUUUCUGUGCGCAGGAAUAUACUUGUUGACAGAACCCACCGCUGAAUUGUCAAACAAACGUCUAAUGGAUUGCCUAAUAUAAUCUUGCUCAUAUCAUCUUUAUUAUCUCAAAAUUAAUUGAUCUAUUAUAGUCGUGAUCUCAUUGGAUAGGAAGUUUCGGAUUAGAAGAUGGUAGAAACACUUAUAAAGUGCAUCAAAAAACUUUUAACUACGCGAGAAGUGAUAGGUACUGCUCAGUGGCGCAAACGAAGCGGUUGGUUCGAUAAAGACUGCCAGAGAGUGACGAACUAGAAGAAUGCGGCCAGUAGCCGGAUGCUAGUGGCUGGUACAAGCCUCAACAGAGAGCGGUACGGAGAAGCGAGAAGUGCCGAGAAACUAAUCCACUGCAAAAAGAAAAGGCAGCACGAAGAAGUGUGAUUGCUAAAGCGCAAGAAAGCAUGGACCGGAAUGAUGUGCAGAGAUUUUAUGCAACUGUCAACGGUGCGUGGCAAAAAUCAGAGCCAGUGUCCGUUAUGUGCAAUGACUGAGAGGGAAAUUUGCUGACACACAAAACAAUGGUGGCUGCCUGGAAAGAGUAUUUCAAGGUUUUGUUGAAUAGCGGAAGUGAAAGUGUAUCUAGGAACAGGAUAAGCAUUGAAAAUGACGGACAAGCUAUGGAUCCACAAACACUAGACGAGGUUAAGAACGCUGUACGUGAGGUGAAAACCGGUAAAGUUCCUGGGAAGAACGAGAAAAAGCUGAGACCGCUUGAGGAGUCCUUCGUCGGCGAAUACCAGGCUGGGUUUCGUGAUGGCCGAUCAACGACGGAUUAGAUAUUCAGCCUGUGGAUGAUCCUAGACAAAUUCCGAGAGUACAACUUGCAGAACCACCAUCUGUUCAUUGAUGUUAAGGCUACUUAAGGAUGACUCAGUGAAGAGAAAUGAGCUGUGGCAGAUUAUGUCAGAACAUGAUUUGGGACCUUAGAUGGAGUGAAGCAAGGCGAUACACUUUCCAAGUUUCUGUUCAAUAUUGCUCUUGAAGGAGUUAUCAGGAGAGCUGGCGUGCAAUGGAGCGGAACUAUCAUCACAAGGUCGCAUAUGCUCCUUGGUUUUGCGAACAAUAUUGAUAUAAUUGGAUUCGAUCGUAGUGCAGUGGAAGAGGCCUACGUGCCUUUUAAGAGGGAGACAGCGAGGAUAGGCUUAGUCAUCAACUUAGCCAAGACAAAGUACAUGAUCACUGGUAAAGAGAGAGGUCUGGAAAAGUCUAUCGUCUUGGCAAACCGUUCCGCAGCUUUAUUUCAUCUUAACAAAUUCGAGGAAGCUUUGAAGGAUAUAGACUUAUCAAUCUACCUAUACUAUCCCAACAGUAUGCAGUACAAGUUGAUGGAGCGAAAGGCACGCUGUUAUAUUGCGUUAAAAGAUCUCCCGGCUGCUCUUGAUUUCUACAGGGAAACUUGCACAGCACUCGGCGACUCGAAUUUGUGCCCGGAAAUGCAGAAGGAAAUGAUUAUUGCAACGAAAAAAAAGGUGGAGGAUCUGGAGGUUUACAUAGCGACCGUGAAAAGGUAUCUGGAACCGGUGAAACACAGUUUGACUAAAAAGUUUGUGGCCCACGUCGAUAAAUCGGUGUUCAUUGAUUGUACUGAAAAUGAGGGCAGAUUUGCACGCACGAGGGCCGAUCUGAAACCAAACCAGUUGGUGCUCAAAGAAUUACCGCACGCAUCAGUUGUAAUGAGUGAAUGCAGUUCAACUCACUGUGAUCAUUGCUGCCUUCGAGUGGAAGUUCUUUUCUGCUGUUCGAGGUGUGUAGACGUCGUCUUUUGUUCGCAGCGAUGCCAAGACGCGGCUUGUUCCAGUUAUCAUAGGUUCGAAUGUGGGUUUCUGCCAUAUUUGAGAAGCUCUGGAGCAAAUGUCGUUUGCAUGCUUGCUUUAAGGAUUGUAACACAAAAAUCAUUAGGCUAUUUCUACGGACUUAAGGAUGAAUUGGAACAACUGGCAAGUGAGCAUACUGAUAGACUACCAGCACACGAUUAUAGAAGAGUAUACAAAUUUGUGACCCAUUCUGAGCAAAGAAGCCCAGAGGAUUAUCUUAAAUGGACUGUAAUGGCAGCUUUUCUGAACACUAUCUCUCAAUUGGGUGGCUUUUAUAAACGAGAGAAGUUGGACGAACUUCUCGGUACAAUUUUGCUUCACAAUAUGCAAAUAGUUACCUACAAUUCACAUGAAGUGUCCGAACUUCUACGCAGGAAGGAAUCGGAUCCCGGAUACUCCAUUUGCAUUGGAGCUGCACUUUAUCCAACACUAGUUCUGUUCAAUCACUCGUGCGACCCUGGAAUAACCAGGUACUUCGUCGGAAACGCAGUCUUUGUUCGGACGAUUAAAAACAUUCCAGCGGGUUCGGUUGUUGCCGAAAACUAUGGACAAUUAUUUGCAAGAUCUGAUCGACGGGAAAGGCGGAACACCUUGAAGUCAAUAUACAAGUUCGACUGCAAUUGUCAGGCGUGUGAUGAAAAUUGGCCUACGUUUUACGAAAUGAGCCCCAAUAUGGUGAGAUUCAAAUGCGCAGGAAGGGAAUCAUGCAACAAUGCAUUGAUCUUCACAGCUAAUUCACCCCAAAAUUCAUUUAGGUGUGAAAAGUGUGGAGAGUUCACGGAUAUUGAUAGUUGUUUUACAUCGUUGAAGAACAUAGAUAUGUUGAAUCGGUUCAACGAAGCGACUAGUCUUUAUCAGCACGGAGAGUACGACAAGGCACUUUCUAAAUACGCGGCCAUCAUGACCUCAUUGGAUCAAGUUUUGGUUAAGCCCUACCGAGAGUAUCAUCUUUGCCAACAGGGAAUUCGUAGAUGUUCAUUGGAACUAGGCAAUAAGUACACGGAACGCAAAUAAAAAUGUUGCCUGUUUUGUUCACUAAUCA